AGUGACAGCCGGGCCAGCCAAUGGGGUCGCCGCGCUUGCGAUGACUGACAGGCCCUCCGUCAAACCGGUGAUCGGAUGUGCUCCGUUCACGGCCAAUAAUGAAGUUGCUCGGGGAGGGCGCAUUAGUGUCGGCGAGCUUUAAUGAGACUCCAUUGGAUUGUAAUCAGCGUCAUGUCGAAUUCGACGUAAACUACAACACUGUAACAAAAUGGCGACUGUUUAGGUGACGCCACUUUUUAACGCUGGCGUUUUAUACCCCGUCUGUCGUCUCUUAUUUUAUACUUUUGUGGUGUGGGGUUUUUUUUUUUAAUGAUUGUUUUUAAUCCAGCUCGGAGUGACUCGGACGUCAAGAUUUGACGUGAAACAGCAUCAAGCCCAGUUCCAGGUUGUGGAAUUUAUGAGUGGCAACUUUUCCCCUUGAAUGUCCUUGGUCUCGACCGCCAGGAUUUGACAAGCCAGUUUGGACGGCGCCGUGGAACGUACCUUUUUGUGACCUCGUCAAAGGAUGUGGAUGUACCCGUUGGGGCUUGGCAGCACGCGGGAUUCCGCAUGGAUGGCGUAUUUGUGAGGUUCCCGGUCCAACCAUGGUGAAACUCGCCAACCCUCUGUACACGGAGUGGAUCCUGGAGGCCAUACAGAAAAUCAAGAGGCAGAAGCAGCGUCCCUCUGAGGAGAGGAUUUCCCACGCCGUGGGCACGUCACACGGACUGGACCGAAAGACGGUCCUGGAGCAGUUGGAUUUAAGCGUUCACGAUGGCACUAUUCUCAAGGUUACCAACAAGGGGAGCACGUCGUACAAGGACCCGGGGAGCGCCGGGCGAUCCGGGUCCAUCCCGCCUCUGGCUUCGCCCUUGUCUUCAAAGGAAUCUAUGUGGGGUUCCGGCGAUCUCCGCCACUUGGAUUGGAAUAAGAUCCUGCGGAGGGCCAUCGAGGGCCUGGACGACACCCACGGCUCCUCGCUCAAGAACAUCGAGAGGUACCUGAGGAACCAGGACGACCUCGUCGAGGCGGCCGACAACCCGGCCUUCCGUCAGCGCUUGCGCCUGGCGGCCAAGCGCUCGGUCAACAGCGGCAGACUGUUCAAGAACGGCCCGCGGUACCAGCUCGGCAGGCGCGGCGCGGCCGAGGCCGGGACGCCCAGGUGUCCGAUGGCCUCCCCUUUGCUGCUGACGUCGGCGAGGCUCCUACCCCAUGAGCGAGAGCAGCUCCGGGUCGACCCCAUCCCAAUAUGCAGUUUCUGUCUUGGAACGAAAGAGUCCAACCGGGACAAGCGUCCGGAAGAGCUCCUGUCCUGCGCCGACUGCGGGAGCAGCGGGCAUCCCUCAUGUCUGAAGUUCUCCCCAGAGUUGACCUCCCAUGUGAAGCGAUUGCGGUGGCAGUGCAUUGAAUGCAAAACCUGCAGCUCCUGUCAAAUACAGGGCAAAAAUGCAGACCAGAUGCUCUUCUGCGAUUCCUGCGACCGGGGCUUCCACAUGGAGUGCUGCGACCCGCCGCUUUCCAGAAUGCCAAAAGGAACGUGGCUUUGCCAGGUCUGCAGGCCCAAGGAGAACGGAAGGAAGCUGCUGCACAGAAAAGCCGACGAGAUCAAACGCCGCUACGCCAAGCCCGUCGGAAGGCCCAGGAAUAGGCUCACGCGACGAAUGUGUCUAAGCAGUGGUGACGGUUCCAUGGUGGCACUUGGAGGAAGGGGGUCACCUGGUAGGGGUCCGAAGUUUAGCGUGUGUACCUCAUCCGGUCAUGCUGCAUCUGUGAAGGACGCCAGAGGCAGCUUGGCUGUUCCAGACGCCACCCGAUUCACCAUCCCAACUCCCACCUCCUCCUCCUCCUCCUCCUCCUCCUCCACCACCUCCUCCUCCUCCUCCUCCUCCUCCACCACCACCACCAACACCACAGCCGCCGCCACCACCGUCACUCCGCUCCUCACGCCCUCCUUCGCCACCCCAGCUGCGCUCUGCGUUAACAAGAAAACCAAAGGGCUCAUCGACGGGCUUUCCAAAUUCUUCACCCCUUCCCCCGUGGGGCGUCGCUCGCGCGCCGUCACCAACGAGUUGCUCGCCGACGGCCGGUUGAGCUCUCGGGACGACGCGGCCGCAUCGGUCGCCCCCCCGUCGGCGCUCCCCGCCUCCGCCGCUUCCCCGACGUCGCCCAGGUUUAGCCCGCCCUCGCAGGUGUCCAGCGGCUCCACGUCGGCUAACUCCCCCCAGAGCUCUUCCAGCCAGUCUAGCGUUCCGUCCCUGGGCAGCCUCUGCAAUAGCAGCCAGCUCAAGGGACUGUUUGACGGACUCUCGCACAUUUACGCCACUCAGGGACAGUCGCGGAAAAAGAGGCUAGCGUGCUACGCGCCGCCCAAGCGCACGCAGCAAAAGCGGGACGCGCCCCACGCUUCCAAAGCGCUGCCCCACCGUCUGGGAAAGAGCGAGUUUAGUAAAAACCGUCUCAGCUCCACGUCGGCGGGGCCGGGCCGACCCAGAGGACACGCCUUUAAGUUGGUCAGCCAUUUCAAGCGCAACCCCUUUCUUAAAAAGCACAGGACGCUAGGCAGGCUGAGGUAUAAAGUGAGCCCCCCGAAGGGAGCCGCCCCGCCAGGAAAGGGAGUCUUGACAGACGGAAGAGUUAAGACAGAGAGUAAGCAUGGAAACAACGGGGAGCUGCGGGUGAAGCACGAGGCCCGCCCCGACUCGGCGGCCAUGUCCGGAGCGCACGUGACUGACGGGGACACGGAGACGUUCGCCAGCGUCCGAGCGGUCGCCGCGCAGAGAACGGGAUGUCAAAUGAACACGGACUCCACGCGAUGUCCAGCUGUUAUUGAAUUUGGGAAAUACGAAGUCCAAACCUGGUAUUCAUCACCGUACCCGCCUGAAUAUUUAAGAUUACAAAAGCUUUAUCUGUGCGAGUUCUGUCUGAAGUACAUGAGAAGCAAAAACAUUCUCCAGAGCCACACAAAGAAGUGCGGCUGGUUCCACCCGCCGGCCAACGAGAUCUACCGAAAGGACGGCCUCUCCGUCUUCGAGGUUGACGGAAAUGUCAGCAAACUCUUCUGCCAAAACCUCUGCCUGUUAGCCAAGCUUUUCCUGGAUCACAAGACCUUGUAUUACGACGUGGAGCCGUUCCUCUUCUACAUCCUCACAAAGAACGACCACAAAGGCUGUCAUCUGGUGGGCUACUUCUCCAAGGAAAAGCUUUGCCAGCAGAAGUACAACGUCUCCUGCAUAAUGAUCAUGCCUCAGUACCAACGGCAAGGAUUUGGACGCUUCCUUAUUGAUUUCAGUUACCUUCUCACAAGGCAAGAAGGACAAGCCGGUUCCCCCGAGAAGCCGCUGUCAGAUUUGGGUCGCUUAUCCUACCUGGCGUAUUGGAAAAGUGUCAUCCUGGAGUACCUUUACAGGCAGCCGUACAAACACCUCAGCGUUAAAGGCAUAAGCAGGGCCACGGGGAUGUGCCCGCACGACAUCGCCGCCACUCUGCAGCAACUCGGCAUGAUUGACAGACGGGAUGGACGGGUGGUGCUGAUCCGAAGAGAGCGACUGAUCCAUCGGCACAUGGAAAGACUGCGGUCAGACCCGCGUCGUCACGAGGUGGACCCCGGCGCUCUACGCUGGACGCGCUCCACGUGGCACAACGCUGUCCCGUCUGAGGAAGAGAGGGAGGCGGAGAUGGAUGCCGAGCUUCUGAGGGAGCACGCGAGGCGGGGGAGCCACGCGGCCAAUCACGGCCGCAGGCAAGCGCUCACCAAGAUGCACUGCAAGGUGCCCUACAGGACGUACGAGCGGCGCCACGCUCCGUCGUGGAGCAGACGUGUUCAGCCGCCGCAGAACAUCAGCGACGACGACGACGUGGACUCCGACAGCUCGCCGGCCGCCCUCGCAAAAGCGCACGCCGUGCUGGCGGCCAAGCGAAAGAGGAGCAUCGCGCUGAAGAAGAGGGGACGCAAGCGAAAGCGAAUCAACAGCAGCGUCACAACGGAGACCAUCUCCGAGACCACCGAGGUGCUGAACGAGCCCUUUGACAACUCCGAGGACGAGGGUCCCGUGCCGCUCACCUGCGGCGCGGAAGAAGACGAGGGUGAAGAGGAGGAGAAAAAGAGCCACAUCGCCGCCGUGAAACGGCGCAGGGGUCGACCGAGGAUCAGGGAGAAGGUGCAGAGAGACGAUCCUCAAGACUGGAAUGAAGAGGCCGACGCCCCCUCCAAGAGACCCAGCAGACCUCGUCCGGUGAAGAGAAAGAAAGGUUGGCCCAAGGGAGUCAAGCGAGGCCCCCCGAAGUGGCGCCUGAAGAACGAACGGAAAAUGGGCUUCAAGCUGAACCUUUACACCCCGCCCGAAACGCCCAUGGAGGCGGAGCAGCACCAAAUCCAGGCCGAGGAAGCGCAGGGAGACCCGGACUGCCAGUUCGACGGCAACAGGGCGGCCCGACGCUCGGCCCGGCCGCCUUCGCAGUUCGAGCCCCCGCCUAAGUCGAGCUCCCCCGUCGGGCCACCCGCCGCCUCUCCCGUCGCCGCGUCCCCCAGGGACGGAGAUGGCGGCGAUUCGCCGGAGUAUCGGCGAGAUGAGCUGCAAGAAAGCGAUCGCGAAAUGGACUCCCUGACCAAAGAUGUAGAUCGGACCGCGGAAAUCGCUGCAUCGCCAGAUAAUCACAGCAAGUACGUGGAGGAGGAUUUUGAGCCGAUCGCAAGAGUCGAGGCGGCACGUGAUGAUGACGAAGGCCUCAAAAAGACAGCAGAGCCUGAAAGGGGCCAACUGGACGUGGCGGAAGGUUCAAAAGAAACGGCUGAAUGUUUUUUAGACACUGAAGACGACGGCGCGUCAUGUCACCCGCUUUCGAAAGAAGACAAAGCCACGGCUGCCGCAGAGCGAAUUCAGCACGCGGAGGCGGAAACUGAAGGACCGUCGCCGCCCCCCGCAGCCCAACAGCUUUCUUCAUCUGCAGCCGCCGACUCCGACAACCUCGCAGAGUCCGAGUCGGAAGAGGAGAGCGCGCCCAGUCCUCGCCAAGGUCACGCGGCACCUCCGCCGGCCAAGAGGCCGCCCCUCAGUCCCCCGCUCAGGGACGGCCCCCCGAUCUGCGCGGAGGUCGACUCGGAAACCGCGCGGGCCGUUCAGUCCCUGACGCGGGAGAGCGAGCGGGACGCUGUGUUCCAGGACUGCGUGGAGAGUCAGGAACCCUGCAGGAACUUGCACACCUUCGCCCCCAUCACGCCGCUGGAAGACUGCCCCCAGUCCGACCACAGCAGCCCGCUGUCGUCGGCGCAGUCUCAUCCCAGCCAGUCGGUGCGCUCGGUGAACAGCCCGGCCGUGUCCAUCCUGGAGACGGGCUACACGCAGAUCAGCCCCGACCACAGCGCCAUCUCGGUGCCCUCCAUCCACAACAUGGAGACCAGCCCCAUGAUGGAUGUGCCGUCCGUGUCGGACCACUCGCAGCAGGUGGUGGACAGCGGCUUCAGUGACUUGGGCAGCAUUGAGAGCACCACCGAGAACUACGAGAACCCCAGCAGCUACGACUCCACCAUGGGGGGCAGCAUCUGCGGGGCCGGUCCCCCCCAGAGCGGCUGCCCCUACGGGGGCAUGCCGCCCAGCGGCCUGGCCCAGAGCAGCUGCGCCGUGAGCCAGCAGAUGUCCGCCGUCAACCCGGGCGGCUGCGGCAUCAUUCAGCAGAACAGCCUGAGCUCGCCCCCGCACUGCAACGUCAAGUCGCCGCAGGGUUGCGCGGUGGUGGCGGCGGCGGCGGAGCAGCGGCCCCCCAGCGCCACCCAGCACGGCCAGCGCGGCGCGCACGGCAGGCACGGCCCCCACAAUCAGCUCGGCCAGCACGGCCACCACCACAAUCUCCACCUGCAGCACAAUCAGCUGAGUCAGCACAAUCAGCACCCGCCGCAUAACCUCCACAAUCAGCACACGCCGCAGGACCCCGCUGCCCAGUGCGCCAUCCCCGCCAACUUCGCCGCCAGCAUGCAGUUGCCCGACAUCCCCGAGUCGGGCAAUCCCAACUUCGCCCUCUACGAGAGGAUCAACCACCAGGGCGAGUACGCCGGCGGGCACUACCCGCAGUCGUCGGGCCUGAGCCUGGCCAAGCUGCAGCAGUUCACCAACACGUUCAUCGAGCACCCGCGCUCGCUGCCCUUCAACCACUCGGCGUCGCACCCCAUCACGUCCUACGCCAGCACCCCGUCCCUGUCCUCGCAGCACUCGGGCCUGGUGUCCCUGUCGCAGACCCCGCACCGAGUCCCCAACGCCCAGGCGCAGGCCGCCAUGACGCCGCCCCCCCCCAGCGGCCUGGGAUCGCCCCCGGCCGUGAUGCUCCAGCGCAACGUGGGCGUCCCGCCGGCGCAGCGCAUCCAGGCCCAGAUGACGGCCAAGGGCCACGCGUCGGCGGCGGCGCGCUCCAAGUCGGCGGCGCUGGCGCACCACCACCACCACCACCACCACCACCAUCACCAGCACCAGCACCAGCACCAGCAGCAGAUGUACUCGCGGCAGGCCCAGAGCGUCGCCGUGCAGGCGCCGGCCAGGACGCUGGCGGGAAUGCCGCGCGUCAACAUGAGCGUCAACAUCAUGCCGGCGCCGGCCUACAACUCCAUGAACAUGCCCUCGCUCAACGCCAUGAACGGCUACGGCAUGAGCCAGCCCAUGAUGAACAGCGGCUACCACGGCAACCACACCGCCUACAUGAACCAGUCGCCCCAGUACUCUAUGCAGAUGGGCAUGAUGGGAACGCAGCCAUACCCCCAGCAGCCCAUGCAGGCGCCGGCGCACGGCAACGUGGUGUACACUCCGGCCGGUCACCACGGCUACAUAAACGCGGGCAUGUCCAAGCAAUCGCUCAAAGGGCCUUUCAUCAGGCGGUAGCCCGCCGCCGCCGUUACGCGGUUCUGCUCUCGAUGCACUGAUCUGGCCUGUCUUUUUCUUCUUCUUCUUUGUGUGAUCGACACUACGCCCAAAAAGGUUGAGGCUUUCGGGUGAAAUUUCCAGAUGAACCGAAAAUGCAGGAUUGUGGACAAGACCCGAUUCAAAUCGUGGUCCACUUCCAAAAGGCCACACCCCGGGUCAGUGUCUCCCUCUUGCGGAUCCAUCGCAGUACAACCUUAAAGCAGUUCACUCCAUUCGUACCUCGUCCGCGGAGUCCAAGAAUGACUCCAGCGCCUGGUCAGAUUUUGGAUUCACUGGAGGAAAAAAAAAAAAAAAAAAAAGAUUAGAUGGGCGACUAGUUAGCACAGUUGAGAGGUUGCGAGUUCAAAUCUGACCUCGCAUGUGUGAAUGUUCUCCCCGCGGCUGCUUGGGUUUUUCUCCGGGUACUACGUUUUCCCCCCGCUUCCCUAAAACGCGCAUUUUAGAUUGACCGAGGACUCUAAAUUGCCCGUAGGUGCGAAUGGGAGUGUGAAUGGUUGGUUUCUGUCCGCGCUGCGAUUGGCUGGCGACCAGUUUGGGGUGUACCCCGCCUCUCGCCCAAAGAUCGCGUGAGGAUAAGUGGCACAGAAAAUGGAUGGAUGGAACUGAUGUGUAGUGCGAAAGAGGGAUGUCCCCAGCAAAAGCGUCAUCUUGCUUUUUUUUUUUUUUUAUCCUGUCCGCUCUCUUCUUUGACCUUUUAGUGCAUUUAAGGUUCAUCCGAGGGAAAUUUCACCCAAAAGUAGAAUUAUUCCUGACUUUGUGUGUAAGUGUAUAUACAUAUAUAUGUAUAUGUACACAUUUAUGUGUGUAUAUAUAUAUAUAUAUAUAUAUAAAUAGUGAGCGAGAGAGAUGCGUGUGUGUGUAUAUAUAUAGUUCUUUAAAGACAAAAACCAGCAGCAGCACUUGGAACGAAUGCAAACAUUUUCAUUCACGCGUUCAAGAAAAGAAGAAAGGAAAGCGAGUAUUUUUUGUUCCUCCAUAGCGGGAAGCCUUACAGGAAGCCACGGCGAUGUCGACGAUGACGAUGAUGAUGAUGACGAAAUUCUAUUUAAUUAGCGGCAGGUUCAGAGGCUCCGAGGUCGGCCUUCCGUCGUCGUGUAGCGGCCUCCGCCGGAAGCCAUUUUUGAAUGUGCCUGUUCACGAGUGGAACCUGUUCAGUGUGUUAACUGUCCAACAGUGCUCACGCGUACACCGUUUUAGUUUGUACCAUAUUUGCGCCUUUGUAUAUUUAAAUUAUUGUACGUAUUUUUUUUUUUGUUUGUUUGUUUUGGGUUUGUUUGUUUUUGUUUUUGUAAAGUGGCAAACCUUAGCAUGCUUGGGUCUCUCCUUUAGUGACAGUGCGUUGAGUAGUACUGUACGUACAAGUGUCGUGCUUAACAAAUAGCAAGCCAUUUUCAAGCUACCGGGCCUUUUAUUAGGUGAAAAAUGAAAUUAUAUUUUGUUAAUGCUAAUAAUAUAAACGAAAAAAAAAAAAAACCACGUAAACUUUUAGUCCAGUUUUUUUGUUGCGCUUUGAGAGGAUUUAUUGCUCUACGUAUGUAUAAGUCUUUUUGUAACAGAUCUCCUUGAGGCAGCUU